UUGAGGAACCCUGGGAGCUCAGGAAGGAAGGAGCGCCCAGAAGCAGGGACAGGGAGCUGGUUGGGGAGGACCAGAAAUCAGGGUGCCCUGAAAGGACCAGGACAUGCGGGUGUGGUGGAUGCUCUUUUGGCUCCUCUUUUUGCUCCUGCUGGAAUUUAUCAGCCAUCAGUGCAUCUCUGUUAUCAAUACUCUGGCUGACCAUCAUCACGGUGGGACUGACUUUGGUGGAAGUCCUUGGUUAGGUAUCAUUAUUGAAUUUCCGACAAGUUAUAAAGUUGUCAUUACCCUCUGGACAGUUUACCUUUGGUUGUCUUUCCUGAAGACUAUCUUCCAGUCUGAAAAUGGACAUGAUGGAUCCACAGAUGUACAGCAGAGAGCCUGGAGGUCCAACCGCCGAAGACAGGAAGGAAAUAAAAUUGGCCGGAAAGACAUCAUUACUCUAUGGAGACAUGUGAAAACAAAAGUUAUGCCUAAAAUCCGUAAGAUGAAGGUGACAAUGAAAAUCAACCAUCAUGACAAAAUCAAUGGAAAGAGGAAGACCACCAAAAAACAGAAAAUGUUUCAACGUGCGCGAGAGUUGCGGCGGCGGGCAGAGGACUACCACAAAUGCAAAAUCCCCCCUUCUGCAAGAAAGCCUCUUUGCAACUGGGUCAGAAUGGCGGCAGCGGAGCAUCGUCAUUCUUCAGGAUUGCCCGACUGGCCCUACCGCACAGCUGAAACUUUAAAAAACAGGAUGGGCCACCAGCCACCUCCUCCAACUCAACAACAUUCUAUAACUGAUAACUCCCUGAGCCUCAAGACACGUGCCGAGUGUCUGGUCUAUCCCCUUCCACCCUCAGCGGAUGAUAAUCUCACGAAGCCUCCCGAGUGUCUCCUCACUCCUCUUCCACCCUCACCUCCAUCCUCAGCUCCACCCUCAGCUCCACCCUCAGCGGAUGAUAAUCUCAAGACACCUCCCUUAGCUACUCAGGAGGCUGAGGCAGAAAAACCACCCAAACCCGAGAGGCAGAGGGCCGCUGACGUGGAACCACCACCGAAACCCGAGAGGUGGAGGGCCGCUGACGUGCAACCAUCACGGAAACCCGAGAGGCGGAGGGCCGCUGACGUGGAACCACCACGCAAACCCAAGAGGCCAAGGGCCGCUGACGUGGAAACAUCAUCACCCGAACCCAAGAGGCGGAGGGUCGCUGACGUGGAACUACCACGCAAACCCGAGAGGUGGAGGGCUGCUGAUGUGGAACCACCACGCAAACCCAAGAGGCUGAGGGCCGCUGACGUGCAACCAUCAUCACCCGAACCCAAGAGGCGGAGGGCCGCUGACGUGGAACCAUCACCAAAACCAGAGAGGCGGAGGGCCACUGACGUGGAACCACCACUCAAACCCGAGAGGCGGAGGGCCGCUGACGUGGAACCACCACGCAAACCCGAGAGGCGGAGGGCCGCUGACGUGGAACCACCACUGAAACCCGAGAGGCGGAGGGCUGCUGACGUGGAACCACCACCGAAACCCGAGAGGCGGAGGGCCGCUGACGUGGAACCACCACACAAGCCCGAGAGGCGGAGGGCCGCUGACGUGGAACCACCACCGAAACCCGAGAGGCGGAGGGCCGCUGACGUGGAACCACCACCGAAACCCGAGAGGCGGAGGGCCGCUGAUGUGGAACCACCACCGAAACCCGAGAGGCUGAGGGCCGCUGACGUGGAACCACCACGCAAACCCAAGAGGCUGAGGGCCGCUGACGUGGAAACAUCAUCACCCGAACCCAAGAGGCGGAGGGUCGCUGACGUGGAACUACCACGCAAACCCAAGAGGCGGAGGGCUGCUGAUGUGGAACCACCACGCAAACCCAAGAGGCCGAGGGCCGCUGACGUGCAACCAUCAUCACCCGAACCCAAGAGGCGGAGGGCCGCUGACGUGGAACCAUCACCAAAACCCGAGAGGCGGAGGGCCGCUGACGUGGAACCACCACUCAAACCCAAGAGGCGGAGGGCCGCUGACGUGGAACCACCACCGAAACCCGAGAGGCGGAGGGCCGCUGACGUGGAACCACCACCAAAACCCGAGAGACGGAGGGCCGCUGACGUGGAACCACCACCGAAACCUGAGAGGCGGAGGGCCGCUGACGAACCACCACGCAAACCCGAGAGGCGGAGGGCCGCUGACGUGGAACCACCACUGAAACCCGAGAGGCGGAGGGCCGCUGACGUGGAACCACCACGCAAACCCGAGAGGCGGAGGGCCGCUGAUGUGGAACCACCACCGAAACCCGAGAGGCGGAGGGCUGCUGACGUGGAACCACCACCGAAACCCGAGAGGCGGAGGGCCGCUGACCUGGAACCACCACGCAAACCCGAGAGGCGGAGGGCCGCUGACGUGGAACCACCACGCAAACCCGAGAGGCGGAGGGCCGCUGACGUCGAACCACCACCGAAACCCGAGAGGCAGAGGGCCACUGACGUGGAACCACCACGCAAACCCAAGAGGCCGAGGGCCGCUGACAUGGAACCAUCAUCACCCGAACCCAAGAGGCAGAGGGUCGCUGACGUGGAACCACCACGCAAACCCAAGAGGCCGAGGGCCACUGACAUGGAACCAUCAUCACCCGAACCCAAGAGGCGGAGGGUCGCUGACGUGGAACCACCACGCAAACCCGAGAGGCGGAGGGCCGCUGAUGUGGAACCACCACCGAAACCCGAGAGGCGGAGGGCCGCUGAUGUGGAACCACCACCGAAACCCGAGAGGCUGAGGGCCGCUGACGUGGAACCACCACACAAACCCAAGAGGCUGAGGGCCGCUGACGUGGAAACAUCAUCACCCGAACCCAAGAGGCGGAGGGUCGCUGAUGUGGAACUACCACGCAAACCCGAGAGGCGGAGGGCUGCUGAUGUGGAACCACCACGCAAACCCAAGAGGCCGAGGGCCGCUGACAUGCAACCAUCAUCACCCGAACCCAAGAGGCGGAGGGCCGCUGACGUGGAACCAUCACCAAAACCAGAGAGGCGGAGGGCCGCUGACGUGGAACCACCACUCAAACCCAAGAGGCGGAGGGCCGCUGACGUGGAACCACCACCGAAACCCGAGAGGCAGAGGGCCGCUGACGUGGAACCACCACCGAAACCCGAGAGGCGGAGGGCCGCUGACGUGCAACCACCACCGAAACCCGAGAGACGGAGGGCCGCUGACGUGGAACCACCACCGAAACCCGAGAGGCGGAGGGCCGCUGACGUGGAACCACCACGCAAACCCGAGAGGCGGAGGGCCGCUGAUGUGGAACCACCACCGAAACCCGAGAGGCUGAGGGCCGCUGACGUGGAACCACCACGCAAACCCAAGAGGCUGAGGGCCGCUGACGUGGAAACAUCAUCACCCGAACCCAAGAGGCGGAGGGUCGCUGACGUGGAACUACCACGCAAACCCAAGAGGCGGAGGGCUGCUGAUGUGGAACCACCACGCAAACCCAAGAGGCCGAGGGCCGCUGACGUGCAACCCUCAUCACCCGAACCCAAGAGGCGGAGGGCCGCUGACGUGGAACCAUCACCAAAACCCGAGAGGCGGAGGGCCGCUGACGUGGAACCACCACUCAAACCCAAGAGGCGGAGGGCCGCUGACGUGGAACCACCACCGAAACCCGAGAGGCGGAGGGCCGCUGACGUGGAACCACCACCAAAACCCGAGAGACGGAGGGCCGCUGACGUGGAACCACCACCGAAACCUGAGAGGCGGAGGGCCGCUGACGAACCACCACGCAAACCCGAGAGGCGGAGGGCCGCUGACGUGGAACCACCACUGAAACCCGAGAGGCGGAGGGCUGCUGACGUGGAACCACCACGCAAACCCGAGAGGCGGAGGGCCGCUGAUGUGGAACCACCACCGAAACCCGAGAGGCGGAGGGCUGCUGACGUGGAACCACCACCGAAACCCGAGAGGCGGAGGGCCGCUGACCUGGAACCACCACGCAAACCCGAGAGGCGGAGGGCCGCUGACGUGGAACCACCACGCAAACCCGAGAGGCGGAGGGCCGCUGACGUCGAACCACCACCGAAACCCGAGAGGCAGAGGGCCACUGACGUGGAACCACCACACAAACCCAAGAGGCCGAGGGCCGCUGACAUGGAACCAUCAUCACCCGAACCCAAGAGGCAGAGGGUCGCUGACGUGGAACCACCACGCAAACCCAAGAGGCCGAGGGCCACUGACAUGGAACCAUCAUCACCCGAACCCAAGAGGCGGAGGGUCGCUGACGUGGAACCACCACGCAAACCCGAGAGGCGGAGGGCCGCUGAUGUGGAACCACCACCGAAACCCGAGAGGCGGAGGGCCGCUGAUGUGGAACCACCACCGAAACCCGAGAGGCUGAGGGCCGCUGACGUGGAACCACCACACAAACCCAAGAGGCUGAGGGCCGCUGACGUGGAAACAUCAUCACCCGAACCCAAGAGGCGGAGGGUCGCUGAUGUGGAACUACCACGCAAACCCGAGAGGCGGAGGGCUGCUGAUGUGGAACCACCACGCAAACCCAAGAGGCCGAGGGCCGCUGACGUGCAACCAUCAUCACCCGAACCCAAGAGGCGGAGGGCCGCUGACGUGGAACCAUCACCAAAACCAGAGAGGCGGAGGGCCGCUGACGUGGAACCACCACUCAAACCCAAGAGGCGGAGGGCCGCUGACGUGGAACCACCACCGAAACCCGAGAGGCAGAGGGCUGCUGACGUGGAACCACCACCGAAACCCGAGAGGCGGAGGGCCGCUGACGUGGAACCACCACCGAAACCCGAGAGACGGAGGGCCGCUGAUGUGGAACCACCACCGAAACCCGAGAGGCGGAGGGCCGCUGACGUGGAACCACCACGCAAACCCGAGAGGCGGAGGGCCGCUGACGUGGAACCACCACUGAAACCCGAGAGGCGGAGGGCCACUGACGUGGAACCACCACCGAAACCCAAGAGGCGGAGGGCCGCUGACGUGGAACCACCAUGCAAACCCGAGAGGCGGAGGGCCGCUGACGUGGAACCACCACCGAAACCCAAGAGGCGGAGGGCCGCUGACGUGGAACCACCACGCAAACCCAAGAGGCGGAGGGCCGCUGACGUGGAACCACCACGCAAACCCGAGAGGCGGAGGGCCGCUGAUGUGGAACCACCACCGAAACCCGAGAGGCGGAGGGCCGCUGAUGUGGAACCACCACCGAAACCCGAGAGGCAGAGGGCCGCUGACGUGGAACCACCACGCAAACCCAAGAGGCCGAGGGCCGCUGACAUGGAACCAUCAUCACCCAAACCCAAGAGGCAGAGGGUCGCUGACGUGGAACCACCAUGCAAACCCAAGAGGCCGAGGGCCACUGACAUGGAACCAUCAUCACCCGAACCCAAGAGGCGGAGGGCCACUGACAUGGAACCAUCAUCACCCGAACCCAAGAGGCGGAGGGUCGCUGACGUGGAACCAUCACGCAAACCCAAGAGGCCGAGGGCCGCUGACAUGGAACCAUCAUCACCCGAACCCAAGAGGCGGAGGGUCGCUGACGUGGAACCACCACGCAAACCCAAGAGGCCGAGGGCCGCUGACAUGGAACCAUCAUCACCCGAACCCAAGAGGCGGAGGGUCGCUGACGUGGAACCACCACGCAAACCGAAGAGGCCGAGGGCCGCUGACGUGCAACCAUCAUCACCCGAACCCAAGAGGCAGAGGUUGAGUUAGCUUGGAACAGGCCAUUGCACUCAAGCCUGAGCAAUAAGAAUAAAACUGAGUAGAACAAAAUAAAAAAAUCAAAAAACAAAACAAAACCCACACUCCAAAAACAAACUAACAAAGAAUAAAUAAAUAAUAUAAAAAUAAAAUAAAUACUGCAGUCCUUAUGU